AGCUUGCGUGUUCUUUUUUGCACAGCCACCGAGGAGGGUGCAUGCCAUGAAACAGCUGAAGAAAACACAUGCAGCCGCCACAAUCACGCCAACCGCCGCCACCACUAAGUUAGUGUCAUGAGUCCCAAAUUUUAGACGAGGCAGGAAAGAAGACAUUUGAAGCUUUUAACAAUGAUUGAGCUGACGACGUGACGAGGCGGAACUUCCACGCCGACAGUCGGACUGAGCGAGCGCACCCACAACACCGGCUCAGGAACGAAGACAGCUGCUUACCAGGCGUUUCCUCCGGUUAUCAGUGUUUCAAAACUGGACUAUUUUGAUCGGUGGAAGGAACAAUGGUGGCAGGUUGGAGAGAUGGAGCCGAAUUAAGCAUUGAAUUAAUGGACGCUAAGAUUUUUCCAUUUAAAUACGCGCGUUCCAUUGGUGGUUAAAGCGUGAAGAAAAAAAGUUGGAUUUUUACUGUUGUCUCCAUGGAGGAGCGGGAGAGGGAGAUUUCCUACGCGGAUCCCCCGGCGUCGGACAGCGAAGUUGUAGUCGUGGUGAAUCCGAGUCGAGUGCGCCCUCCGCUGGGCGUGGUGCUCGCCACGGUGCUGUACUGCGCGGAGCUGCUCAACGCCGCCGUGCUGUGCAGCAGCUACUACCGCACGGACGACGAGCACUGGCUGGCUUUCACCAUCACCUUCAUUCUCUUGCCGGCCGUGCUCAUCCAGAUGACCCUCAUCUUCAUCCACCGGGACGUAGGCCGAGACCGGCCGCUGGUCCUUUUGCUGCACCUGCUGCUCUUGGGGCCCAUCAUCAGGUGUUUUGAUGCCCUGAUGGUGUACUUCCAAGCCGGCAGGAAGGAAGAGCCUUACGUGACCAUCACCAGGAAGAUUUACUUGAAGAAGGGCGAGGGCACGCGCACAGAGUGCGAAGUCAGCCGCUCCGAGCGCAUGCUGGCCACGCACAGAAACGCCUUCAAGCGCACCACCGUUAUCCAGGCCUUCCUGGGCUCCACUCCGCAGCUCACACUUCAGUUGUAUGCCACUAUCCAGGAGAAAUGCAUCCUCCCCAUCCGACUGACUUUGAUGAUCAUUACCAAGAUCUCCAUCAUAUACGGGGCCCUGGUGUGCAGUGUCCUGGCCGUCCAGAUCCGUUAUGACGACUACAAGGUGCGCUUCCGCCCGUCCGCCUACCUGUGCAUGAUCCUGUGGCGGGGCCUGGAGAUCACCACACGCAUCGCCGCCCUGGUUCUCAUGAGCACGGCACUCACCGACUGGGUGAUCCUAGUGGGCAUGGCCAACCUGAUCUUCUUCUUCUUCCUGCCCUGGGCCGAGUUCUGGGCCAAGAAGGGCUCACUGGCCAAGGACGUGGAGAAGAACUUCUCCAAGCUGGGCACAGUGAUAGUGCUGUGCUUGUUCACGCUCCUCUACGCAUGCAUCAACGUCUUCUGCUGGUCGGCCGUGCAGCUGGACCUCAGCCACGGAGAGCUCAUUGACCGCAAGCAGCACUGGGACCGGCUAGCCAUUUAUUACAGUGUCCGCUUUGUCGAGAACCUGCUCCUCAUCACGCUGUGGUACUUCUUCAAGUCGGACUUCUACGAAUAUGUGUGUGCGCCGCUGCUCGCCGUCCAGCUGCUCAUCUGCUACAGCCUGGCCGUGCUCUUCAUGCUGCUCUUCUAUGAGUUCUUCCACCCGUGCCGCAGCCUCUUCCGGCACAACAUCCACGACUUCCUGCGUUGCAUCUGCUGCCGUCGAGGAGCAGGCCAGGGCGCAGGCCAGACGAGGAAGAUGGCCCCGUCCUACUCCACGGCCCCCACCAUGGUGCUGAUGCCCGACGAGCCCCGUGAGCUGCUGGACCCGCGGAACCUCAACAGCGACACGGAGCAGCAGGAGACGGCCAUCCUGGAUGACAUCACGGAAUAUGCCUGAGAUCACAAUCGUAGGAGCACCCGCUAGUGGCAAUGAUUUCCAACCCGGUGCCGCGCUACAUUGGAGAGCCGUGAUAGCUCAUCAGGCGCGCUGCAACAAAUUAUUCCAUUUCACUCAAAUGCUCUGAAAAUGACCACAAAUCAUGUCUAUGACAGUGACAUAGAGUGAGGGUGGUGCAACAAAUAAUACAGUAAUCUUUCAUACAGUGGUGCCUUGAGGUACGCAUGUAAUUUAUUAUGACCAGGCUCAUAACUCAACUGUAACGUAAAUAUUUUUUCCCCAUUGAAAUGAAUGAAAUUGCCAUUAAUUUGUUCCAGCUUCCCCAAAAUAAACUCAGAUGUUGUAAUCUAACUUUUAAGGAGAAGAAUGCUAUUACAAUACUUUAUAUAUUAAUUAGAUACAAUGAAACCAGCAGACAGACAGACAGAUGUCCCGUACAUGGACGACUAGGUUCUGUGAAUGUCUACAUGUGUUGCUGUACGGUUUGUGUUCAAAUAUCAGUUUCUUGCUUUUGUUUCCCAUUGAGAUUAGCCUAAUCUGAGAGUGGCAUUAGCUUGAAAACUUUUUUUUUUUGAAGAAUUGUGGACCAUUAGCCAAAGUGCUACUAAUCGUGCAGUGAGCUACGACUCAUGCUAUGUAUCAAGUUGCUGCUCACAAGUCAGUCAAAAAUUCAAUUGAGUCACUUGUAAAUCAAGGCAACACGGUACUGUUGUUUUAGUCACAAUUAGACUAACAUUUAAGCAAUAUUAAGAGCCAAUUUUCAAUUACUGUAGUGGUUUAUUCCAAUAAAUUCCCAGUAAAUCCCGUGAAAGGUACAUACAGCGUAAACUCUUAACAUCUUCCGCUAAUGACCCAUGUUUAGCUCCUCCCCAUCAUACAAAGCUUGUUCUCUGUUAUUAUCUAUCACUUAAAAUUAUGUCCUAAAAAUAAUUUGGCUGGAUUGGAUUUGAUAAUUUAACAGCGCUUUGGCGCCAUCUUGUGGCACCUCAUGUCAUACAUGCAAAUGUUAAAAUCAUGAUCUCAAUCUGUAUUGAUUUAGCACAGGUAAAACCAGUCCGCUUAGUUCAACACCAGCUAUUUUUGAAUGGCAACCAGUGGAUAUAAAGCUUACUCGCAGAAAAGUAUUUGAUUAUUUUGUCACUUAACGUUGCUGGCAUAGAUAGAUGGUGAUAUUAUAUGAAUGCGAAUAAUGGAAAAUAUAUUUGUAGUAAAUUAAUGAUAUGAAUUAAAAUGUUCGGACCAUUUGAGUGAAACUUCUCCCAACACACUUAUGUGCCUUGGCACAGUGGUUGGGAAUCACUGAAUCAAACCUAGGGAAAAAUGCUCAGUGGCAAGUAUGUAGUACUAAUGUAAUAAUGUGGUCAUUACUGUCAUAGCAUACUGAGAGCUGUUUCUAAUAUUUUAAAUGACAUCAUUAACUCCCAUUUUGUUCAAGUCAUAUUUAGAUGUAUGUUUUUUAAAGGACUCAUUAUACACUACUGCACUCGGGCCAAUUUGUUUACCUUAAAUGUUGUGUUAUAGUCACAAAUGAAAUGUUUAAUAGACUGAUACCACUGUGUUGCACUGGAUAGGUAUUUCUCGUACAUCAAUAAAUUAGCAUAUUGUAGAAAGGUAUCAUAGUAGAUUCAAUAAAAAAGUGAAGGUUUUUUUGUAUGGAGUCAUAAAAUGUAUAAAAAAAAAUACAAUUAUGAAGGCAAAUUUCUACCUAAUUUGUACAUUAGUGAUAACGCUAAUGGUUACUUAUUUCAUAUUGUAUUUGGGGUUUUGAUGAGCUCUCAUCUGUAAUCAUCCAAAUUCUAAAUGAUAAAAAGUUGGUGUAAUGUGGGUGGGAAUUGUAGUAUUUUGACCCUCUUUGUGUAGCUGCCAAAAUACUCGGAACAGCUCUGUGUGAUGCAGUGCAAGAUGCCACAACCACAAUAAUGUUACUUUACAUCUUGUUACUUGACGUCAAAAGUGAGCAUUUUUAUCUGUGUAACUCUUUUUAUUAUACAGAUGUACCUAUCCAAAAACACAAAUCAGUGAACUAUUUCUGUUGCCUUUCCCACCGAAGUCGAUUUUGCAAGAAUGUACACUACACGGGACAAAGAAUGCUUUCACAGUGGACCGCGUCCAAAGCAGGUGUGCGGGGGAUUGUGCGCCAAAAAGUGCAGCUCAGUCGUAUUGCACAAACUCUGUAAGAGGUCAGAUUCUAAGAAAUUAACCUUUCUUGCCUGCUUGUCGAACUGCUUGGACCGGCUGCGACGCAUUCCUCGCCUUGUUAAAAACUGGUUUAUUGUUCGGGCAAAAGUGACAGCAAGAUCUGUGGGAAACAAAAGUUGUUCUGAGUUAAAGAAGCGAACACCAUGAAAACAAACAUGAUUGAUGAGCAGAACAGCAAGAAAAUACACUACUUGCAAAAGGUUUGGGAUGUUUGGGUUCAAGGUGAACGUUUCAGAGGCACAACAACCCGCAAAGGUUUCCUCAGAAAGUUACAAAAGAGAUACCGGAAGACAAGUGAACGUCGAUGAAAAUUCUCAUCAAUUAAACACCAUUUGUGAAAAUUUGACUGCUUGUUAGAAAAAGAAAAAAAAAGUCUGAAAAAAGACCUGAAGCAUAAAAUUGUUAGACUUCCAAAGACUUAGAAAAGGUGACCUCUUAACGGUUAGAUUGAGUUUUAAGUCCAUUGUAAAUCUUCACUCCAGAAAGUCAAGUAUCAUUAACAUUUUGUGAGUAGUGUAGACUGAAUGUCAAUCAGGUCGAAAAAGAUAACCAUCUUAAAAGGUUAUUAUUAUGGUUUUGUAAUGACAAGUCCACUUGUCACAAUGUAGAACAAAGUUAAUGUGACCUUUCUGCCACUGAAUGAGCUUCUAUUUUGAUUUCUCACCAUUUUACCGAUAAAUGUUUAUGGAGUUUUUUUGCAUCCAGUGCCUUGACUACUUUAUUGUUGACUUGAAACCUUAAUAAAAUAAACCCUCUAUAUUUAAAA